AUGAGUAAAUUAUUCGUUUUUCUAUGUGUGCUGCUGUCAGCUCUAACAACUGUUUUGACUGGUUCUCACUCUUUGUGGUUGCUUGUAACAUACAUUAAAGGAGAGACGCCAUUUCCUGAAUUUAGUGUCACAUUUAUGUUGGAUGACCUCACAGUAGGACACUAUAAUUCAGAGGCUAAGAGAUACAUUCCUAGAGAUAAUACUACAAAUGAAGAUGAGAUUGUUUCUUACAUCUUUUAUGCAAUGAGGCACGAUUUGCAACCUUUCCAUGUGGGCAGACUAACAUUUAAAAACUACACAGAACGUCCUCAACUUUAUCAAGUGAUGAGUCAUUGUGAACUGUGGGACAAUGAUAAGCCUGGACAAAUGAUCUCUAAGUUUGCUUUUAGUGGCUCCACUACAGAUGAAAUGCGUUUUUAUGACAACAAGUUUACAUAUGAGAGCCCAAAAGAAAUGGCAACACUAUCUCUGGAGCUGUUCAAGUGGCGUCAUGAGACAAUAAACUACCCAUCCUGCAUAGCAACUCUCAGGAAUUACCUUAAAAAGAGACAAACUCAAGUGAAUAAGAAAGUAAAACCGCGAGUGAGACUCAUCAAGAAAGCUUUCUCAGAUUCUGGAGGGUUUUGUGUGAGUUGUUUGGCAACAGGAUUUUACCCUCGUCACAUAAACCUGACCCUGUUCAGAGACGAGCAGCCUGUAGCUGAUCAUGAGAUCACUGGAGGAGAUCUGCUGCCCAAUGCUGACGGGACGUACCAGAUGAGGAAGAGUCUGGAGAUCAGAGCUGCAGACAAACACAAAUACACCUGCUCUGCCACACACCUCAGUCUGGAUAACAGGAUGACUGUGAAUUUAGAGUACGAUCAUGGAGAACCAUUUAACUCAGUGAUUCCAUCAGUCCUAACAGUUUUGGCUCUGGUAUUGGUGUUUGGAGCUGCUGUUAUUACAUGGAGAAAGCGGCUUGCAGAUUCAUCAAACGGGUUAUUCCUCUGCUUCUACAUCUGAAGAAACUGUGGACACUUCAAUAAAUGUUCAAGUUCAUGACAUGAAGC